AUGAGCGGCGACAAAGAAUCCUACGCAGUAUUGAACGGCGGAGCUGUACGUCCGAUCAAAGAAUCGAUUUGGUCCUCUUUUGUCAAUGUCGCAAAAGAGAAGCCUGACCAUAUCGCUGUCAUCUCGCGCGACCAGCCAACAGACUUUUUAGCCUCCAUAGUUGGCACCUCUCCGAAUAUACCAAGCACUGGUCUGGAAUGGACGUACUCGCAAUUGAUCCAAGGUGCUCUGAACAUCGCCUCGGUGUUCAAGAAGCAUGGAGCCAAGCCCAACUCUGUCCUCUUAAUCUUCCUCCCACCUGUAUGUGCCGAGUGGCCUCUGCUGUGGCUGGCGGCGAAUCGCAUUGGAGUCACGCUGGUUACUAUCGAUAAGAGAGCCCUCGAGCCAGCAAGAGUGGACGAACUGACUUACUACAUUUGCUCUCUGCAGCCGGGCAUUGUGGUUGUCCAUGAGUCUAGUGGGGCCCGGGCGGUGGACAAAGUUUGUGCAGAGCUACAGCAUGAAAUCGACUGCAGAAUGGCUCUCGAUAACGCCAAAGACGUAUCGGGAUGGUAUGGAUUAGCAAAUUUGGACUCUUCUCUCACGACGGACGAUUCUGCUUCCGGUAGUCAGCAUGCAAACUACGAUCGCACGGCUGCGAUCCUAUACACCUCGGGCACUUCAACCGGUCAGCCCAAAGGCUGUUCUCGUAGCGAACGAGGUCUCAUCCAUGGCUGGUCUCAUCACAACCCCAUCUACGCUGGCUGCAAACUUGUCAUGAUGUUCGCAAAUUCGCGAGCUAUCAAUCUUACCCUGAGUAGUCAGUGCUUGCUGGCCGGAGGCACGAUGGUAUACCUCAGCAGCGGUUUCACACCCGAAGGACUGCUGUCGGUCAUUGAAGAAGAAAGGAUUACGGAGGCCAUCUUUAUUCCACCAAUGCUCAGGGUCUUGGUGACCCAUCCAUCGUUCUCCAGGGAGAGGGUCAAGAGUUUGAGAAGAGCCCUUGUGGGCGGUGAUGUAUCAACAGCAGAUAUUCAGGACCUGAUCACCGAAUACUUCCCAGCUACAGAGCUCUAUCCUGGCUACGCAAUGACCGAAGGAUACUGGACCAUUGGAUGGCCCUCUUCUCAACCCCCAAACCCUCUGCCAAUCUCCAGGGGCAUAGUUGCAUCAGGCUCGAUUCUUCCCGGAAGCGUCCUCAAGAUUGUCAACGACGAAGGCGAUAUCGUGAAAAGAGGAGAGUCCGGAGACAUCCACAUCCAAAGUCCAGUCAUGAUCAACACAUACCGCGGAAAUGCGGCUGCAGAUGCCUUCUACGAGGACAAAGAAGGACGGUGGUUCAAGACUGGUGACACUGGAUUCAUCGAUGAGGAGAACCUGUUGUAUGUGGUGGGAAGGAAGAAGGACAUCAUGAAGCGCCUUGGUAUCCCGAUACCGCCAGUUCUGUUGGAGAAUGUGCUUGCUCAAUUCGGUGGUGUCCAGGCAUCGAUCUUUGAUAUUCCUAAUCCUGAGCUAGGAUCAGAAGUGAUCGCAGUCGUGUCAGACUUGACUGGAACGACUUCUCAAAGACUGCAAGAUCUGACCGUGGAGCAUUUGGGUUCGGACUACCCAAUCAGCAAAGUGUUCACACUGCAGGAGUUGGGCAUGCAGCAGUUCCCAGUCAAUGUGUCGGGAAAGGUGAUGAAGAUUGGAUUGCGCAAGGCCGUCGAGCAUCUGUUGUCGAAAGCCUCAUCUUGA